GUCGUGUGAAGUCUUCCGUGAUGUUAACACACACGCGUUGUAGCUUGGCAAAAUCUACACAGUAAAACACGUUGAAAAAUCCCAACCAUCCACUUAAACGGCAAAAUGCUUCGAUUCAGGUGGAGCGUGCCUGUUGGAGACACAGGAAGUCCGCUUUUAAUACGUGCAAUAUUCGAAAUUUUGAAACUUGAUAGUACAUUUUGAAAGUUUCGAGUGUUAUAUUAUUGGACAGUGGUUGCCAGUAGUUGACAAACGAACCAGUGCGAGAGAAGAACUGCCGAGGUGAAAGUAAACCGAAGAGCGACAGAUAAGAGAUCCGCACCCGCGUAGUUUUUCUGAUUAUAUUUGCUGCAAUUUAAGGAUUCUAAAUUAUGAAGGUCGCAGUUCACCCGAUGAAAGGAAAAGCGGCAAUAUUGGAAUGCCAGUAUUCAAAGGCAGAUCCAGAACAGUGAAAGCGGAGGCUACAUUUCGCGAAGAAGUGGAGAAUACGUUGCCUUGUAAAGACGAAAAACAAGAAAAAUCCCAAAGCGACGUUUUGAAGGGAAAUAUGCCGCCGUAUUUAUCAACCCUGAAAUUCCAUCUCAAGGAUCUUGAAGCGGCUGCGAUUAGGCAAUCAGACUAUUUGGAAGAAGGUGUUGAAUAUACUUCGCUUCCUGUCCACAAAACGAAAGGGGCACAGACUAUAACUUUACCAAUGAAUAUGCCGGUGGUAGAGAGCAAAAACUGCUUUCGGCGGAAAGGAGAAAGCUCGCCCAAUCUGAAAGACAGGGUGAACAAUUCACUCAUCACGGAAGAGUCUAAAGUUUCAUUCGGGUCACGAAAUGAUGGUCAGGGAGAUACAAAUUGCACAGUGACAGAGAACACAAACGAUACGCGAUGUAGUACAGGCAAAUGGCUCAACGACAUCGAUAAAUUAAUAAGUUUUAAAGCAAAGCGCAAGGUUGAAAUAUUCAACAAAGAAAAGAAAGAGAUUGUGAAUCAAUGGACCUCAAGUCCCAAGAAUUUUUACAAGUGUAUUUUGAAAUGCAGACAAAAGCAAUUAGCCAUAAGUAAUGGGCUUCGAACCAUAAAAAGGCGCUCGCGCGAAGGAACGAAAAAUGUCGCUUUUCCCGCGGAUGUGCUUUUAUUUUCGGCGAUCGAAGAAAACGCUUCAAUUGAGCUGGCUGAAAUUAUAGAAACGAACAAGAUUGAUGUGAAUUUAUGUACAAACUCCCGUGGACUUCCACCGCUUCAUCGAGCUGUUCAACGCGGUGCAGUCGACUGUGUUCGUGUGUUAUUGAAUAACUCGGCCGAUGUAAACUUGAGAGACUCUACAAACUCGCUCGCAGUCGGUUUAGCGAUUUCAGCGUGCCAAUUUGAGUGUCUUGUACUGUUAAUUGAGUCGGGAGCGAGCUUUGAGGAAUACACAAAUCGACGUUUAAAGGAAUACGAAGACGUCCGGGUUUUAUCCAAGAGUUGUUAUCGUGCCUUUGAGGCGAAUGUUUGAAGGACACGUAUGCAAUCAUUCAACCGUAUCUCACCUGAAACUUAUUGAAGUACCAUAUCAAAUAAAAAAAUGCGAACGUCGUUGAGGUAAAUGUUUAUCUCUGUGUUUCAUGUUUGCGGUAUAGGUGGUUGUUUCGAUCGGAACCGGAAAAGAGCAAUUGUCCUUCUGAAAAAUUCACUUAAAUAGAAAAAUUUCUAAUUUUGCAUUUUAAUGUAUUUUAAACAAAUAAUAAUUGUGUUUACUUAAAAGAAAAAUGUUCUGUGUUCAACAGUAUCUGAGUAAACAACAACACGAAAGAUUAAAUGGUCAUAUUUAUUUUUUUUAGUAUUACACGAAUCAGAUUCAAGUUAUUAUUUUUAUGGCUGGGCCACUACCACACAGUAAUUGAAGAUACAUGACUUGCAUGCUGUAUCCCCCCUUAGGCUAUAAAUAAUUAAAAAAAUGAUUGUAAUCUAGCCUUUAGGGAAAGCUGAUAGAUUGUUCGUCUCUCUCUCUCUCUCUCCUUUUUUUAAAAUCUAAUGCUAGGAACCACGUCGUUUUGGAUGACAUUAAAGUAAGUUACCACUGUCUACUUAUUUCAUAUCGGCUUUUUUCACUCUGAUAAACCUAACAACUCUGCAAUAUUUUUCAAGUAGUUUAUCUGAAUACACUAUACUGAUUAACUUUUUAAUUGAUGUCGAUUUUUGAUAAGUACGGUUUCAAGGAGACUACAUUUAUUUCUUUAUUAUAAUAGUUAUACCCAGCACAUUUAACAAUUGACGAAUUUCGAUGACUAUUAAAGGCCAAUUUUUGGUUUAAAGCCGUGGGUUUGCCAGAUUGUUUACCUUCCUUUCCAGCUCAGAGUUCGAGUCGAACGCUCAAUAUGGCAGCCGUCUUGGUUUCUACCCCCGACUAUGAUUAACCCCCGACGCCCACCCCCUCGGUAUAUGAAACCAAGAUGGCCGCCCGUUACAGUAUGCAAGCUCUCGAUGGUUCAGAAAUGAGCCCAAAAGCAUAGUAGUGGUCAGUUUCGAAUCGUAAAAGAGACAAUUUGAAUAAAAAUUAAUUCAAAAAUUGUGUUUUGAACGUCGAGUCGAGUCGAG